AACAGACUACUCGCGCGUAGUUGUCGACACUGAUGACGCACAAAGUACGGGACAGGGCAAGCGCCAGUGGAAAUUGGAAAAAAAGAAACAAGAUGGCAACUGUUUCAGAGCACGGGCUAAAAAGAGUAGUUUGGCAAAGAAUAAAGGAAACGAUCAUCGAGGAUUGCAAGAAGUCAGAAAUAUGGAAGAUAUUGAUAUUGGACCACUUCACCACCAAGCUCCUGUCGUCAUGUUGCAAAAUGUCCGACUUGAUGCAAGAGGGAAUUACCAUUGUGGAGGACCUCUACAAAAGCAGAGAGCCUGUACUAGAAAUGAAGGCUAUCUACUUCAUGACCCCGACAGCAAAGUGUGUGGAUGCCUUCAUUGGUGACUUCAAGUUGAAACCCAAGUACAAAGCAGCAUACGUUUAUUUCACUGACUAUUGUUCGGAUGAGUUGUUCAACAAAAUGAAACUGUACUGUGGAAAGUAUAUACGUGUCUGUAAGGAAUUAAACAUUUCCUUCUUGCCCCAGGAGUCACAGGUGUUCACUUGUGAUAACCCUGGGGCCUUCCGCAGUAUCUACAGCCCUCACUGUAGUCAGGACAAAGUGAAGACAUUGGAGACUUUGGCAGCCCAGAUCGUCACUCUCUGUGCCACGCUGGACGAGAACCCAGGGGUCAGAUACAAGAAGGAGACCGUGUUGGAGAACACCACUCUGGAUAACGCCAAACAGCUUGCAGCACUGGUGGAUUACAAACUGACUAAGCACUACGAUAUGGAUGACAAUAGCAAGAAAAAGGGAAAGACCCAGGCCCAGCUGUUAAUCGUAGAGAGGGGCUUUGACCCUGUGACCCCCAUCCUACAUGAGCUGACCUAUCAGGCCAUGGCCUACGACCUUGUCCCAAUCAAGAACGACACCUACAAAUACAAGUCUAAAGAUGGUUCUGAGAAGGAGGCCCUGCUGAAUGAGGAUGACCAGCUGUGGGCCAGACUCAGACACAUGCACAUUGCUGAGGUGUCAGAACAAAUACCUAAACUGGUGAAAGAAAUUUCUGCCAACAAAAAACAGCCAGAUGGAAAGAUCACAAUAAGCGGUUUAUCCCAGCUUAUGAAGAAGAUGCCCCACUUCCGCAAGCAGGUUGCUCAGAAAACGGUCCAUCUGAAUUUGACUGAAGACUGUAUGAACCACUUCCAGAAGAACGUGGAGAAACUCUGCAAAGCUGAGCAGGACCUGGCAGUAGGGUCUGAUGUGGAGGGUGUGAAGGUGAAGGACCCCAUGAGGACACUGCUCCCUGUCCUGCUGCACCCCCAUGGUACCUAUGACAAGAUCAGAGCUGUUCUCCUCUACAUCUUCAGUCUCAAUGGAACAACAGAGGAAAACCUGAACAAACUCAUCCAGCACGUUAAGAUCGAGGAGGAUCGAGAGUUCAUUCUCAACUGGCGAGAACUGGGAGUCCCCAUCAUAUCUUCGCCAAGCUUCUUCCCAAUGCGUAGGUCAUCUCGAAGGGACCGCACUCAGGAGGAGACAUACAGCCUGUCCCGAUGGACACCUGUCAUCAAAGACGUGAUGGAGGAUGCUGUGGAGAACAAGCUGGAGACCAGGGAAUGGCCACACCAGUCAGAGUGCCCAGCAGCCUGGAAUGGCUCUGGGGCUGUCAGUGCCCGUCAGAAACACAAGGCCAGUACACAGGAUGAGCGGAGGAGUGGCUCCAGGCUCAUCAUCUUUGUCAUCGGAGGGAUUAGCUACUCAGAGAUGCGCAGUGCCUACCAGGUCACACAGUCCGUCAAGUCCUGUGAGGUCAUCAUAGGAUCGUCCCACAUUGUGACCCCCAUGGAGCUCCUAGACGAUAUUCAGGCCCUGAGUAAACCAACCACCACCAAGGAGACCUUUACAAUAGUGAAGGAGUGACCCACCCCGUACCCCUUCCCAAACAUAACACCCCCCCAAACCUGAGCACAGAGCACUCAACUUCAUCAAUGGAAGACUGAAGGGAAUUCAUAUUCUAGAGUUUAGUCAUUAGCUAUGUGUAUUAUUAAUACUUAACUUUGGAACCUGGUGCAUAUUUGUAACAUAACCGUUGUGCCCUACACUAAAGUGCAUUUAUUACCUUUUUAUCAAAUCUGUGUGUGUGUGCAUCUCUAAUGGCCCUUUAUUCCAUAAAAAGUGGACUACUUUUGAUUAGGGCCCAUAGGACUCUGGUCAAAUGUACUGCACUGCUGGGGAAUAUGGUUCCAUUUGAGAUGCACCCUGUUUUUCUCGCUUUAAAACACUCAAUGUUCCAUGUUGGAAAGCUUCUGAGAAAUGCUUAGAGAUGUAAUUUGGAUAAAAAGAUAUGGAGUUAAGAUAAUGUACAUAUGAUGUAAGCACUGUCUGUCUGCUGCUAGCUAAAUCCUCUCUCCCCUCCAUUACUGUUUAUUUUGUCAUAGAUUAUUUACAUUUUCUUGUACUGAACUGCUGAUGAAUAAAUGGCCGACAUGGUUCAA